AUGGCCGACUGGAUACGCUCCUUUUUUGUUUUGGUAUCAACGUCCAAAGGUACCUGCAAAAACGGUCAAUCAUAUCAUAUUCAUGCCAAUUAUACCCUCUGGCGAGAAGCAGACAUUAUGUUGAUGGAUUAUCCCUUCUUUCUCGGAGAAGAAAAAGUGCCAUUCUUUGAUGUUACUCAAAUGCCGCCCAGACACUCAAACCAGGCACGGUGGCUGCUUUUUCCAGAUGAAGAAUUGGGAUAUUAUCCAUAUGUCAAUAUAUGGGGACGCCGGCAUUUGAAAACUCUAAUUGAAGAAUAUGUGACGGAGAAAGUGUACGAUGCACUGUUGGUGGAUGCUAUUCCUAUAUACAUGGGAGCGUCUGAUAUCGAUGAGUAUGAGUGUGAUUAA